AGGAACUGCAGGGACGCUCAGAAUUCACAUAAAAAAAUUAGCUGUCCACUCUUCUCCAGGACUAGCUGUGAUGAUGGAGAAAGCUGCAUUGCUGCUGUUUUGUUGCCUGGUCAUGUCUUUGUCAGGCUCCCCGCUCUACCCAUCCAUUAGGUUUGGCCAGAGGGAUACUUCCAUCCUGAUGACAUCCUCUAUAAAUAAUCCAGCCGAGAAGCAGCAGGGUGACACAAGUCCUCCUAUGGAGCAAGCAGAGUUACGCUCAGGACGUCACGCUGAUGCCAUCUUUACAAACCGUUACAGGAAGGUCCUGGGGCAAAUCUCUGCCAGGAAGUUCCUUCAGACAAUCAUGGGCAAACGGCCUGGGGUUGGUAGUACAUAAGGGACGAAUGAUCAAAGUGAGAGCUACAUGAAGCGUCAAUCAGAUAUCUAUGAAGGGACCUAUAAAGAAGAUCUUACAUCCAUCCAGAGAAAUCAGAGAUACAGAGGAGUGCAUGGGAAUGCCAUGGGGCCAAGACUGCUGAGUUGA